AUGCCCAAGGAAAAGACCACCCGCAAGGCUGCCCCCAAGUCCAAGGCCGACGGCGGCAAGAAGAAGAAGGACCCCAACGCGCCCAAGCGUGGUCUGUCCGCAUACAUGUUCUUCGCCAACGAGCAACGUGAAAAGGUCCGCGAGGACAACCCCGGCAUCAAGUUCGGCGAGGUUGGCAAGCUUCUCGGUGAGAAGUGGAAGGCUCUCAACGACAAGCAGCGCCAGCCCUACGAGGCCAAGGCUGCUGCUGACAAGAAGCGCUAUGAACAGGAGAAGGCCGCUUACCAGGUAUGUCCUCUUUACCGGCUACAAAACAAUGCCCGGCCCGUGCUGACAUCCCCAGGCUGCCGACGAGGAAGAGGAAGAGUCUGA